AUGGCUUCAUUACCAUCAACUAAUGCUCGGUCCUCCUACAGCGACAAACAGGUUGUGUCGAGCGUGGACCAUGGCAAAGAAGUUGUCGCAACUGCCCAGCCUUAUCCCGACGCAUACGCGUAUGCUAAUCCCAACAAUACCAACAACGAUGGUUCGACAGGCGGCGAGGGAGACGGCGGUCUUGAGGUCGUCCACCCUUUAUUUGCGAGCGAUAAGGCGACGCCAGCAUGGUCCGAACAGAAUCCAAAACGGAGGAUAUGUGGGCUCAGCAGAAAGAAUUUCAUAAUUGUGAUCGCAGUUGCGACGGCCUUGGCUGUGGCUGCCAUCAUCGGAGGCAGCGUGGGAGGCGUACUUGCCAGUAGAAAUAGCUCGGGAGGCUCUCAGGCUGAUGCUGUGGAGGUGAGAUGGAUUUGUUCCCUCCUCACUCGCACUGACGGUGUACUGAUAUCUCCUGCCUUGAAGUCGAGCAGCAUGUCUGCAGCCAUCACGCAGACCACCGCAACAUCAACCAGCACAACACCGACUACAGCGAGCACGACCGAGUCAGUGACCGCCACAACCGUCUCAUCCUCGUCGGUACCCACGAGCGCGACCUCCACCUCCACCUCCUCUGCCGCGACACCCACCUCCUCCGAAGGAAGCUACAACUGCCCCUCAGACAACAACAAAUCUUACGUCUCGUCUCUGCUCAGCACAGCAACCUGGACUAUCCUCUGCGACACGGAUUGGCCGCUGGGCGUCGACAGCUUCAGCGGAGGAACCGUAGCCGACAUCACUGCCGUGGUGGCGUACAGUAUUGAAUCUUGCAUCGACCAAUGUGCUGCAUACAACGUUGCCGGUGGGCCUUGUGAGGCGGUCGUUUACGGCGCCAAUAUUACCCUCGCGCUCAGUCGGGGCGGGGUCCAGGGCAAUUGCUUUUUAAAGACGGAUCGCGGAGCAGAGAAUUUUUCUGAUAAUAGUGGUCAGGUAGAGGCUGCGUAUCUAUCCUCGUAA